AUCUAAGGUAUUGGUAGCUGUUUUCAUUUGAUCUUAUAUGAGCAAAUUUGAAUACAUGACUUUCACACCAAGAUUUAUUGCAACAUUGGUUGACACUUGACACCAACAUAUUUAGUAACAUUUAAGAGCAGUCAGGAUGUCAGACAAGUCUUCAUCAGAGUUAUCAGAUUGUGAAAGGGAGAAGGACAAGCCUAAAGAUACCUCCAGGUCUCCUUCACGGAGAAAGCAUAAAAAGUCCAAACACUCGAAGAAAAAAUCAAAGAAAAAGUCUAGUAAAAAGAAAAAACACAGAAAAAGAUCAAGGAGUAGAUCUAAAGAGAGGUACAAGGAAACCAGUUCUCAAAGUGAUUCACCCAAGAAAUCUUGUACAGUUGCAAAUCCAGAUGAAUUAUACAGUCAGGAGGCAGCUGCUAGUUUGCUAACCAGUCAGAAAAUAGAUAAUCUUGCAUCAAUCAAUCAAGGUGCUAAGUUAGCAAAUCAAGAAGAGACUAGCUCUACAUUUCCAAAUGAGGAUAAGUCUCCAAGCAAUAAACUAGUUGUUCAUGGUGAUAAUAAUAAUCUACCAGCCUUUGAAGAAUCAUUACAAAAUAAUAUAACAACCAAUCAGGGUGUAACAAGUUGUUUGGCAGUCACUCAGGAUGCGGUUGCUGGUAAAGUGGCUAAUUUGAAUGUUGAACAAGGUAUGACAGGAAGAUGUGUGGAUGAAGAAAGUUUGACACCAAAUGAGGAAUUUAAGGAUCCGGAAGAUUGUAGUUCGCAAAUCUAUGAUCCUGGUCUAUACAUUGCUAAAGUGAUGGGUGGAAAUGAGAAUGCAGAGAAAAGCUUUAGGUCAGGGUUGAAUUUAGAAGAGGUAUCUAGUCCUAUAAAAGAGUCCAUAUCUAGAGGAAAGUCAUUGGACUUGUCUGAUUCCCAGAAAAAGGCAAGUUCUAAAGAAAGAAAGUCAAGGUCGAAUGAAAGGUCAAGGUCAUCAAAAGAUAAGGAAUCAAGGUCAAAAGGAGGAAGGUCAAGAUCAAAAGAUAGAAGGUCAAGAGCUUUAAGGCAAAACAAAAGCAGGUCAAGGUCAAAGGGUAAAAAGUCAAGAUCAAAAGAUAAAAGGUCAAGAUCAGCAUCAAAGUCACCAGCACAGAGGCCAAGAAAAAGAUCAAGUUCAAAGUCAAGGAAGACAUUUAGAAGGUCUAGAACUCGAGAUAGAUCCAAGGACAGAAGGUCACGAGAAAGAUCUCAUUCACUAAAAAAAUAUAGGUCAAAAUCUAGGGAGCGCGGAAGAUCAAAAUCCAGAGAACAUAAAAGAUCCAGAUCUAGAGAACGGUCAAGAUCUUAUGAAAGGUACAGGUAUAACUCUGGUUAUCAAGACUAUUCACGUUAUAGACAAUCAAGAUCAAGUGAUAGACGAUAUAUGUCAAGGUCAGUUGGUCGGAGACAGCGUUCAAGAUCCACUGAGAGACGUCGGCGGUCAAGGUCUAGGAACAGAGGUCAUCGAUCCAAGUCUAAAGAAAGAUAUCAUUCCAGAUCAAGAUAUCGUUCCAGAUCAAGAUCCCCAAGAAAAUCAGACCGUUCUGGUGAUCGAAAGAAAAGGUCACAGUCUGGAGAUCCUGUUGCUGCAUCAGUUCCUGUGAAUUUGACAAUUGCCUUAGGUGUACCUACAACCUCAAUGACAACCACCACAGCGGAUACAGUUAAAUCCAGUAAAAGUAUUGCAGAUUUCACAGCACUGUGUAAAAAGUUGACAGAAUCCAAAGAAGAUAGGAAUGGUGUGAGUGAAAAUACAAUUGUGGAUGAAGAGUUGACCUCUCAAGUUUAUCACCCAUUCAAUGUAAAACCAGCAAAAGAUAUAGUUAUACCCCCGGUGAUAUUUCCAGUGUCAAAACCAGCAGAACCUGCUCGGCCAUUGGAGCAAGCUUUUCCAGUGUCCAGUGGUAAUCAGCAUAAAACAAAGGAAAAUACAAAUGAAGCUACAGUUGAAGGCGUUGAUGGAAGCAUUGCCGCUGCUGAGAAAGUCUUCCAAGCAGCUGUGCAGACAGAGAAAUUGGAUGUAAGUGGUCUUAUUGCUAAAAGAAUGGAAGCACAAAACCGUCUUCAAUCUAAUCCUCAUGAUCUUGAAGCUAAACUUGUGUUGGAAGAGGUUCAAAUGAAGAUACAGAAUUGGGCAUCGAUCAAUCUAAAGCCAGGUCAAUUUACUGGAGAAAAUUUAGUUAGCUCCUUUGCUCCAAAGGAAAACAUUAACAGUGGAUAUCAAGCUUGGGCUAGAAAGGAUAUGUUUCACAAUUUGGCACCCAUCAAGGGAGGUGUAGGCAUGAGAUUGUUGCAGAAGAUGGGUUGGAAACCUGGUCAAGUUAUUGGCAAGAGAGGAGAGGGUGGUUAUGAACCAAUUGCACUGACUGUUAAGAUGGACAGAAGAGGUUUGGUGUCCUUUGCAGAGCCUGGUGGUGGCAAGGGUAAAGGUGGAGGAAAAGGAGGUGGUAAAAAUAUCUUGGCUGCACAAGCUGUACAAGGUUUCUUUGCAUUGCAUAGCUUUUUACAUUGGACUAACAAUAUGUGCAUCAUGGAAGCUGCAUUUGAACAUCUGAUUCUGUGAUGGAAGAGGUUGAGUAGCCCAUUUUUAUCAAAGGUGGUUUGACUCUCAAAGCUCUUUUGCACUCUUAAGUUGGACAAGAAUGGAUACACUUAGUCUGUAUGAGCGCUGGAAUGAAGCUCAUACAGACUAUAGUGUAUUAUAUUUUGUCAAUUUUUGAUAGGAGUGGGCUAUUCGACCAUUUGAAUUUUCACCUAUAGAGAAAGUAGUGCAGCUUAUAAGGUCAUCAUUGGAGCAAUAUUCCAUCAUUGCAUCUGACUGCAAAUUCGAAAGAUAGAAGUAAGAUAUUCGGGAUACACUACAUGAGGAUUGGUGAGUAUAAAGCAUUGGCCUAUAAAUCUGGACUUUUGAUUAUUCCACUAUCGCACUUUUUUGGCUUUACACUAUAAUCAGCAUCUGCAGUCCAUAUUUAUAGGCCAAUGUUUUUGGGAAUCAAUUCAGAGAUUUACAUAGACCAUCCUUAGCAUCUCAGCUAUGAUAAAUCUGUGAAUUGUUUCUGCUAAACAAUAUUGUAUCCACAGUAUGUGAGACUCCUAAAUGAUUGUUUAAAACUUGGUGUACUUCCUAUAAGAGCCUUGUUUACAGUUUGUCAGAAGUGACCUACUUGUGUGUACUGUGGGAAUGUGCAGCUGUAUAGCUCAUAAUGCUAAUAUAAUAGUUUUGUUAAAAACAAAAUCUUGCCAAUUCAACAGACUAACUUUUUAUUCUGUUUGUGUUAGGUAAGCAUCCUGUGUCAGCACUAGCAGAGCUAUGCACAAGGAGAAAGUGGAACACUCCAACAUACAACAUUGUGCAUGAAAGUGG